CGGCAGAAAUAAAAUGUUUACUCAACAUAGAUUAAUAAGUGAUUAAUAUUUGCAAGCCCUGAGGUGCUUUUAUUGUUAUAUAUCAGACGUGAAUUAUACAACAGUAUUUCAAAAUGUCACAGCCUAAUUUACUUGAGAUAGUGCCUGAACAACUAUUUCAAAAUUAUUUUAUCAGCGAAAUAGAUCAAGUUCAGAAAAAACUACAAUAUGAAAUUGAAAGGAAGAGAGAAGAGUUACGCGCUAUGGUAGGGGAAAGAUACAGGGACCUGAUCCAUGCCGCGGAUACUAUAGAGGAAAUGAAAGCAACAACAGAAAGUACUCUAAACCACAUCACUGGUAUGAUGGAGACCUGUAAGAGCCUUCAUGAUACUCAUCUUGUUGGGUUUAAAGUUGAUAAAAAGCAGACACAUACUUCAAGUUUCAUCAAUGUAAACCCAAUGAAUGGUAUAUCAGUACAAGUGAAGUUGCUGAUGGAGAUUCCUGAGAAGAUUUGGAAAUGCAUUGAGGCUGAGGACUUUGUGAAGGCGACAAGGUUGUUUAUAAUGGCAAGGCAUAUCAACACUGGGCUCCAACUGCAAAUAGGCGGUAAGAAUGUGAAGCCGGGCAUGCAGUCCCUGCAGUGGCUGAUACAAGCACAGUGGAGCUCCAUCUCCAACUUCAACCAGACCAUCAUAGAUGUUUGCAGGCAGAGAUUGCAGGAUGUGGACAUCAGUGUAGAGGUGGCCAGUUCCUGCCUCACGAGCCUGUACAUCCUCGACUCCCAAAGCAUGGUGGAGCUCCUGAACACCUUCAUAAGCCUCCACAGCAACAGCAGCUUGAAGUCGACGCUGCAGUUUGAGCUGCAGCACAUUCUAGAAGGAGACGUUAAAGCGCAGAUCAAGGAGAAAAUUGUGAACGCUGUGAAAAUCGUUUUGAAGACUGUUGUUUUGGUAUACGCUUCUUUUGUUGAAAACAAUGGAGGAGCAGUGCUCGCCAAGUUGAAGGAUUUGUUCAGAGCGGACUCGGAUACUUUGGUUGAAAUAGUGCAGUUUAGUGACCCUUCGGCGCUGAAACUUUUACCCCCUGUUAUUGCCAACUAUAGAUUAUCAUCAAACAAAGAAGUCCAAGAGCUAGAAAAACAAGAAAUAACUACCUGCGUUCAAAAAUGGAGUGUAUGGGUGAAGUCCUUCAUAGAUGAGAGUGUGAAAAGUCUAUUGCAAAACGUCACCAGGGUCAAAAUUCUGCACGAGAUACGUGAAGAAGCAUUUAAAAUUGAAAUUCCCGAUAACUGGAGCGCCAUAUGCUCAUCCUUGGACAUCCCAGGGGUCCACGUGUGGUGCCAUUACUUCCAACCACUCCUCACCUCUCGAGUCAAGAUCAUCAUAGACAACAGAUGGACUAAAGUCUAUGACGCCUUUAAAACACAGAUACUGGUCGAUUUGACCAGAUCAGUGGACAACGAGGGGGAGAUUGAUAUAAAUUGGUUUGUGUGGAAGGACCUUAUUGGGGAUACUGUUAUAGAGUCGAGGAAUGAAGUUAUAAAGGUCAUGAAUUCGCUCAUGAGAGGCAUGUCCCUCCAAGAUCGCGGUUUCACGACCAACCUAGAGAAACUCUGCCAAGACCUAGACAGCGAGUUACAGAAACUUCUAGAGGACCUCAGAGUGUACCUGUACCGGGACAAGAAGGGGACAAUUCGAGAGAAACUGUUGUUCACGUAUGAAGAUGAGGAGGAUCUCGCGCAAAUGUAUAGUGAUAGACAGGAGAUUGAAGUGUAUUUGAAGGAUACGGCGGAUAGUAAUGUUGGAAGUAUGCUCCAAUACAUAAAAGUGUGCUUCGAAGAGCCAACGCUCCAAUCAUCAGAACUCCAAAGAAAAACAACAGCAAUAUACACCGCUCGAUUCCUCCAAGCAAUUCCCAUCAUUAUGAUCAAUCUACGCAAGUGCUAUAUUCCCGAAGCUACACUCACUAUUGAUGAAAAUGGGUUGAAAAGAUGGAGCGACUUGUGUGGGAUUUUGAAGCAGAAUUGUUUAGUUUGUUGGGGAAAUUGGAUAGAUAUAGUGAUGGAGAGAGUGGAAGAGUUAACUAAGGAUUUGCCUCAGGAGUUUACGCUCGAAGCUAAUGUUGAUUAUUUGAUGAUGCAAUGGGACGUCAUAAAAAUAGAAGAAAAAGAUGACCAAGACAAAACUAUUGAUUCCACCAUCAAAGUACCGGCCGGACCAUCUUUAAAACUACAAGAAUACCUCUACGCCGUCAGCAGAAUACUCGAUGAAGUCGUACCACACACCUUACCAGUAGAAAUCCACACAUUAUUUAUAGAGAAAACUACAACUAUCACUUUCGCACACUAUAAUAAAGUGAUAAGAGAGAAAGAGGCAGAUAUAAAUCAGAGGUGUGCGCUUCAGUUACUGAUGGACGUUCGACAUUUGACUUUAUUGCUCGUGCCGCGAGAGAAUAAGAAGUCUAUGGAUUUUUCUCAUGAAAUUUGCGAGUUCUUAAGGUCGAAAAUUGAUCCGUUCGACUAUGACGUCUUCUAUCCGUUCGUGCAGACUAAUUUGAAGAGAUCUGUGCAAAGAGUCCAGACGUUGCUCGGCAGUGUAAUCCUCCAGCACGGGCAGCUGGCGGGUAUAAUCGGGCCGUCGCCCGUGGUGUCGGGCGGCAGCGGCGACCGCGCGGCGGCGCUGCUGGCGGCCGGCGGCGCGCACUGGUUCUCUCUCCUGCCCGUCGCCACGCAGCCCAGCCGAGAGAAACUCGACAAGCCGAUAAAGAAAAAGCCAAUGACGUCGGCAAGCCCCAACAAGCCCAGAGCGGACAUCUCCGAGCUGAUGACGGCGUCACUGCCCAUCAACUUCGCCAACGCCCGUUCUGGCGCUGCGUCGUUCUUCAACUCGAUGACUUCCGAUUGGUUCAGCGGGUCUUAACGUCUG